UAAUGUAUUGUUAUUUGCAAAAUAUUUUUGUUGAUAAAAACCUCAACCUGAUAAAGAAAAUGAAUAAAUAAGACAACUGACUUUGCAGAAACAUACAAUUUUCUGGUUAAAGUGAGGUACUUUUAAAAGAUAUUGCAAGUUUCUUUUAGAAGAACUAGGCUAACAUGCCUUUUAAAAGGCCACGAAGUGGUUUGUUUAGUUGCUUUAGUAGUUCAGAUUUACAACCUGAUAUAACUAUCAGGUAUGAGCCAGAAGGUGCCGGUGCUUUUGCUCUUCAAUCAUUUAAUAUCACUCCAAUGCCGGAUAUUACCGAACUUAAUUCAAAGUUUUCAGAGCUUGUGGAUGAGUUGGAUUUGACAGCAGUGUGUAAGGAAGCAAUGUUUGAUUUACCACCUGAAAAGAAAUGGCAAAUAUAUUGCUCUAGAUUUAAGCAGGGUUCUAAUGAAUGUUCUGUUUCUCCUGAUCAUUAUCUGAAAAAACUACAUGCGUUGAAUUCAUUGUAUUACCAAAGAUCAGAUGAAGAAAUUGAAGCUAGAACAAAGUUUCUUGAUGAAUUGAAAACAGCUUUACGAACUCAACCAAUGAGUUUUGUUCUUUGGUUUUUGAAUAAUGAAGGAUUACAAUGUCUUGUUGAUAUUCUUGCAAAUAUGGAUUGGGAAACAUGUGAAAGUACAAUUCACACAGCUUGUAUUGGAUGCUUAAAAGCACUCAUGAAUAACUCUAAUGGUCGUUCUGAAGUUUUGGCUCACCCAAAUUGUAUUAAUAUCAUUGCUCAAAGUCUUAUUACAGAAAAUCUUAAAACUAAAACUGCAGUUCUUGAAAUUUUGGGAGCAUGCUGCCUUGUACCUGGAGGCCAUAAAAAGGUUUUGGAUGCCAUGUGUCAUUUUCAACUAUAUGCAGAAGAAAGAUCUAGAUUUCAGUCUCUAGUAAAUGAUCUUGAUAGAACCUCUGGAUUGCAUAAAGAUGAGUUUGCAUCAAAGAUUGCUAUUAUGUCAUUCAUUAAUGCUGCUCUACGAUAUGGUGCUGGUGCAGAGCAUUUAGAAUUUCGUAUUCAUCUUCGUUUUGAGUUUUUAAUGUUGGGGCUGCAACCUAUUAUGGAUAAACUUAGAAAAUUGGAUAAUUUAACUUUAGAUAGGCAUUUGGAUUUCUUUGAAAUGGUUCAAAAAGAAGAUGAAAAAGAAUUAUGUAAACGAUAUGGAUCGAUUAAAAUUGAUGCAAAAAGUGCUAACAACAUGUUGGGAGUAUUGAAGCAAAAGAUUGGACAUACUACAUGUUAUACACAUUUGCUGUCUAUUCUUCAACAUCUACUGCUAUUUCCAGUUGAUCAAACAAAAGAGGCAUUUGGUUACUGGCGUAUGUUAGAUAGAAUUGUUCAGGAAAUUGCAUUGCAGCAAAAAGACGGAUCAGAUCCUGAUGUAGCACCUGUUGACAUUCACAUAGCACAUAUAAUUGAAAGAAUGAAUACAGAUGACUUUAAAGAUGAAACAGUUUCAAAGCUAGCUAAACGUGAAUCAGAAUUAGAAGAGAUGAAAAAUACCAUUGAAAAAAUGGCUGACAGACUUGAAAAAGAAAGUAGUAGUUUAGAAGAGCUUAAAAAAAAAUUUGAAGAGUUGUUAUCUCAGAAAGAUAUACUUGAACAACAGCUUAAUAAUGAAAAGAUUAUAAAAAAUAAACUUGAAAGUUUGGUAAAAGAUCAAAGUACUUUAAAUGAUAUUGCAAAGAUAUCAACCGUUUCUGAAUUGCCUAUUCCUUUUUACCAGUCAAUAUCACCAACAAUUGUACCAGAUUCAAAAAUUGUGACUCCACCUCCUCCACCUCCUCCACCCCCUGUGUUUGGUGAAGUCCCUCUUGCACCUCCUCUACUGGCAACAACCAAUAUUACAAAGAAAAAAUCCAAACUACCAAAACCUUCUCAACCUCUAAAAUCAUUUAAUUGGUCUAAGCUUUCUGAUAUAAAAUUAAAAAAUACAAUAUGGGAAGAUAUAGAUGAAAACAAGGUUGUUCCAUACCUUGAUUUUGAAGAAAUUGAUGAAAUGUUUUCUGCAUACCAGAAGAGAGAGAAAAUAGAAGAUGAAGAAGACGGAACGCAAAACAUUUUUAUUCAUAAUAAACCUAAAGAACUUUCAUUCAUUGAUAAUCGAAGAGCUCAAAACUGUCAGAUUUUGUUAAAGCGAAUAAACCUUUCUAAUGAUGAAAUUCGAAUGGCAUUGAUUAAAAUGGAUCCUGAAGAAAAACUUACCAAAGAUAUUCUAGAACAAAUGUUAAAAUUUGUUCCUACCCAAGAUGAAGGCAUUUUGCUUCAAUCCCAUUCAAAGGAAGCAUUCAAAUUUGCAUUGGGUGAUCGAUACCUAUAUGAAAUGAGCAGAAUUGUUCAUUUUGAAGAACGACUGAAAGCACUUUGCUAUAAAAAAACAUUUACUGAAAGGAUAUCUGAGAUUAAACCAAAAAUUCAAUGUAUUGUAUCUGCUUGUAGGCAACUUUCACGAAGUAAAAGGCUUUGCACUUUGCUAGAAAUUAUCUUGUGUUUAGGCAAUUAUAUGAAUAAAGGAAGUAGAUCAAAUGCAUCUGGUUUCAAAGUCAUAAGCUUGAAUAAAAUUAUAGAUACAAAGUCAAGCUUAGAUAAAAGAAUAACAUUAUUGCAUUAUAUAGUGGAUUUAUUAAGUAAAAAGUUUCCACAAGUAUAUAAUCUUGAAGAAGAAUUAUAUGAUGUCAAAAAUGUUAUUAAAUAUAAUAUUCCAGAACUUAAUAUAGAUUUGAAGUUGUUAAAGAACGGUUUUCUAGAUUUGCAAAAGGAAUUAGAAUUUCAGAUUAACAAUAAGAUCAAAGAUGAAAAUGACAACUUCAUUUCAGUGAUAACAAGUUUUUUAAAGUUUUGUAACUUCUCAUUAAAAGAGGUAGAAGUGAUGUAUAGUGAAAUGGAUGCCAAGCUUAACAUGACAAUAGCUCAUUUUGGUGAAGAUACAAAAUCUCUAAGUAGUGAUGAAUUUUUCAAUAUAUUUUAUAGCUUCUUGGUAUCUUUUGAGGAGGUAAAAAGUGAAAAUAUUAUUUUCAAAAAAGAGAAAAAUGAUUCGAGAAAAGCCAAUGUCGAGGAAAAAGGAAAUCGAAGAACGUCAUCAAGUAAAUUGCUUAUGUUUAAAAAUUCAAAUGAUCGCAGGUCAUUAUCUGAGCGAAGUCCUGGAGAGUUUGAUGAUUUAAUAUCUGCUUUGCGUACUGGCGAUGUGUUUGGUGACGAUAUAAAUGUAUUUAAUAAACAGCGUAAAAGAAAGCAAAAACUUGCUCACACCAACGGCAAAUAGUUCUUUUUGAAAUAAACAAAACUUCUCUGGUCAAAUUAACCUGAAACAAUUUUUUGUUUUCCCGGGUUUUUUAUGUUAAAUACUUACGUGAUUCACUUAAAAUACUUUUAUUUUUUGUUAAACUUAAGUAGUUAUUUUAUAAACUAAUAUAAUACAUAAUAAGUUUAUUUUUAGUACAAUCAUAAUUAUUUUUGUUUUUGAAAUUAAUUACUUUUGUAAAUUUUAAAAUAAUGCUCAUAUUGUUUAAUUAGCAGAUUAUUUGUGUGCCAAAAACAUAAAAUGAAUAUAAAUAAUAUGUACUUUAUACAUAUACUAUACAUGUAUAUACACUGUGUGUACAUAAAAGUUUUAUUGUUUAUAAUGAGUUUAGUUUUUAAAUGUAAAAUUUCUAAUACUAUAUAAAUAUAUAUGUUUAUUUUAAAA